GGAAGCGACCUGGGUGUCCACCGGCCACUGGGAGGCUCCAGGCGGCCCGGGGCGGGCUCUAGGGGGUCGCCGCCUCUGCAACCCCGAGCCGGGCCAGCCCCCGCGGGCUCUAUUUACAUUAUGCAAAAACCACCCUGACAGGUUUGCGAGGGCAAGGUAGAAACCCCGGGUCCAGCAGCGGGGGCCACCUCUCCGGAAACCCACCUGGAGGCGAUUUCUGCAGCCCAGCUCGUGCAGGAAAGGUCCUAGGACUGGUGUUCUAAACAAAGCUGGACUAUUUGCAUGCCCACUGUUUGCAUGCAUUUGUCUUCCGGCUGAAGAGAGCAACCCUGGGUUCUAGGUAACCAGGUGAAACCAGGAAGAUUCACUCAAAAUUUCAGUGUCUGAAACCUGGGGACUGGGAGAGAAGGGGUGUCAACUCCUAGUCACGUCUCGUUCUGUAAACUGAGGCUGGCCCAGGUAAAGGGCCUUGAGAGCCCACAGCUUCCUGACAGAGGCUCUCUACCCUUGUCGCCUGGAACAAAAAACGACAGGGCUCCCAGAGCUGGGACAAAACCACAACUGCCGGAGAGGAAGGCCCGUGGUACCGCCUGGUUUGCAUCUCGCCUUUGCCCUCCCGAAUUCCUGAGGGGCCCGCAGGCCCGGAAGGCGAAGGCAAACACCCGGUCCUCCUCCCACCCCUUUUCAUGGGCCUGAGGUUGCUACACACCCAAGCAGCUGCCCAGUAUUCUAUUUAAACAGCCCGGCCUUGCAGAGGCUCCUCGGCCAUGCCAGGUGUAGGCAUUCCUCCAGCAUGCUCCCCUGGGACACUCACCUGCUCGGCCUGCAGCUGUCUCUGGCCUGCUGCUGCUGGGCUUUAGGCUGUCAAGAAAUGAAGUCCUCCCCUGACUUCAGCCUCCCAGGGGAUUACCUCAUAGCUGGCUUGUUCGCUCUCCACACUGGAUAUCCGGGGGUGAGACGCAAACCUGAAGUGACCCUAUGUGACAGGCCCAACAGCUUCAGCGGCCAUGGCUACCACCUCUUCCAGGCCAUGCGGUUCGCCAUUGAGCAGAUAAACAACUCCACGUCCUUGCUGCCCAAUAUCACCCUGGGCUAUGAGCUUUAUGAUGUGUGCUCAGACUCUGCCAAUGUGUAUGCUGUGCUGAGUAUUCUCUCCCCGCCGGGGACACGACUCAUAGAGAUCCAACGAAACCUGUCCUCCUACUCCCCCAAGGUAGUGGCAGUGAUUGGACCUGACACCACCAACCGUGCUGGCACAGCUGCAGCCAUGCUAAGCCCCUUCCUGGUGCCCCUGAUCAGCUACUCGGCCAGCAGUGCGAUGCUCAGCUCCAAGCGGUGGUACCCGUCUUUCCUGCGCACCAUCCCCAGCGAUAAGAACCAGGUGAAGACCAUCGUGCUGCUGCUGCAGAGGUUCGGCUGGGUCUGGAUCUCACUGGUGGGCAGCGAUGGUGACUACGGGCAUCUAGGAGUGCAGGCGCUAGAGGGGCAAGCCACCCGGAAGGGCAUCUGCAUUGCCUUUAAGGGUGUGGUGCCUUUCUCAGCACGGGCAGGCGAUGAGAGGAUGCAGGACCUGAUACUCGACUUGGCCCGGGUGAGGACCACUGUUGUGGUUGUUUAUGCCAACAGGCAGCUUGCCAGGGUGUUCUUUGAGUCUGUGGUGCUGGCCAAACUGACUAACAAGGUGUGGGUCGCCUCGGAGGACUGGGCCAUCUCUACGCACAUUGCCAAGGUGCCAGGGAUCCAGGGCAUCGGCACAGUGCUGGGUGUGGCCGCUCGGCCGAGGGUGGUCUUGGGCCUGAAGGACUUUGAAGAGGCCUACUUCCGGGCAAACAAAGGGGUAGUCAGACCAUGCCCUCAGGGUUCCUGGUGCAGCAGCAACCAGCUCUGCAGAAAGUGCUGGGCUUUCAUGCAGGACAAGAUGCCCACACUUGGCACCUUCUCCAUGAGUUCUGCAUACAAUGCCUACCAGGCUGUGUACACCGUGGCUCAUGGCCUCCACCACCUCUUGGGCUGCCCCUCAGGAGCCUGUUCCAGGGGCCUUGUCUACCCCUGGCAGCUUCUACAGCAGAUUCGGAACGAUACCCUGACCUUUGACGACAGUGGGGACUCUCUCAGUGGCUACGACAUAAUUACCUGGGACUGGAGUGGCCCAAAGUGGACCUUCAGAGUCAUUGGCUCUUCUAGAUGGCCUCCAGUUCGGCUGGAUAUCAAUAAGACCAAAAUCCAGUGGCACAGAAAGAACAACCAGGUGCCCAAGUCUGUGUGCAACCAAGACUGUUCAGAAGGGUAUCGGCGCAUGGUCACAGGUGUCCACCACUGUUGCUUCAUGUGUGUAUCCUGUGAGGCUGGAACGUUUCUCAACAAGAGUGACCUCUACCGUUGCCAGCCAUGCGGGAAAGAAGAAUGGGCACCCGAGAGAAGCCAGACCUGCUUCCCACGUACCGUGGUGUUUCUCACCUGGCAUACUCCCAUCUCUUGGGUGCUGUUGGCGACUAAUACGCUGCUGCUGUUGCUGCUGGUUGGGACUGCUGGCCUGUUUGGCCUGCACCUUGAUACCCCUGUAGUAAAGUCAGCGGGGGGCAGGCUGUGCUUCCUUAUGCUGGGGUCUCUGGCAGUGGGCAGCUGCAGCCUCUAUUGCUUCUUUGGUGAGCCCACACUGCCCACCUGCUUGCUGCGCUUGGCCCCCUUUGCCCUCGGGUUCACCGUCUUCCUGUCUUGCCUGACUAUUCGCUCCUUCCAGCUGGUCUUCAUCUUCAAGUUUUCUGCCAAGGUCCCCACUUUCUACCGUGCCUGGGUCCAAAACCAUGGUGCUGGCCUGUUUGUGGUGUUUAGCUCAAUAGCCCAGCUGCUGAUCUGUCUAAUGUGGCUUGCGGUGUGGACCCCGCUGCCCACCAGGGAAUACCAGCGUUUCUCCCAGCUGGUGGUGCUUGAGUGCACCCAGGCCAACUCACAGGGCUUCAUGCUGUCUUUUGCCUACAAUGGCCUUCUCUCUCUCAGCGCCUUUGUAUGUAGCUACCUGGGCAAGGACCUGCCGGAGAACUACAACGAGGCCAAGUGUGUCACCUUCAGCCUGCUCCUCAACUUCGUAUCAUGGAUCACCUUCUUCACCAUGGCCAGCGUCUACCAGGGCAAAUACCUGCCUGCUAUCAAUAUGCUGGCUGUGCUGAGCAGUCUGUAUGGAGGAUUUAGCGGCUAUUUCCUCCCCAAGUGCUAUGUAAUCCUUUGCCGCCCAGAUCUCAACAGCACAGAGUACUUCCAGGCCUCCAUCCAGGACUACACUAGGCGCUGGGGCUCCACCUGAGUGCCUGGGCAGCACUGAAAGCCUCCCCUGCUUGAAGGGCCUGGGGUUCCCAGGAGGCCUUUGGGCCCAGCCCAUGGGAAUGCCCCAGCUCAGGCCCCAGGCUGCCUGUUGAAGAGAAGGAGAUGUUUGACACCAUGAGCUGGUAUAAAUUGCUGCAAUUUGGUGGCUUGCUCUGGACUUGACUUUGUUUAUGGAUGCAGAUGCUAAAAGUUCCAGCCGGAACGGAAGAUUCUUCAGAUCAAGGAACAUGCUUGUGGAAAUUGUCAAAUGGAAACCUACCUUGCUGUGUAA